GGAAACGGCCUAAAGAGAGCAAGAAAGUUGCAGAAAGAUUUGCAUGUAAGGUGUUGUUGUGGGGAACUGACAAAAAGUCCAUAAAGUUUAAUUUUCUUGGGAAAGUGAAGGGGAGAAAGAAUGGCUGGAAACGAGUGGAUAAAUGGGUACCUGGAGGCGAUUUUGCAUACUGGGGCGACGACCAUAGAGGAGCAUAAGCCGGCACAGGUGAAUGAAAGAGGAGGGCAUUUCAAUCCGACGAAGUAUUUUGUGGAGGAGGUGGUGACGGGGGUCGAUGAGUCUGAUCUGUACCGGACAUGGAUCAAGGUGGUCGCCACCCGCAACACCCGCGAGCGCAGCUCCAGGCUCGAGAACAUGUGCUGGCGCAUUUGGCAUCUCACCCGCAAAAAGAAGCAGCUGGAGUCUGAAGAAAACCAAAGAUUGGCAAAGAGGAGACGGGAACGGGAACAAGGACUCAGGGAUGUCACAGAGGAUAUGUCUGAGGACUUGUCGGAAGGAGAGAAGGGAGAUAUUACAGGGGAAAUGGUGCAAUGUGAAACACCAAGGCAAAGGUUGCAGAGAAAUUUUUCCAUCUUGGAAGUAUGGUCAGAUGACAAAAAGGAGAAGAAACUUUAUAUUGUCCUCAUCAGUUUACAUGGGCUGGUGCGGGGUGAAAACAUGGAGCUUGGUAGAGAUUCUGACACAGGUGGACAGGUCAAAUAUGAGGUAGAGCUUGCCAGGGCACUUGCAAAGAUGCCAGGGGUGUAUAGAGUAGAUCCUUUUACUCGCCAGAUCUGCUCACCUGAAGUUGAUUGGAGCUAUGGUGAACCUACAGAAAUGCUAACUGCAGGUGCUGAAGAUGCAGAUGGUAGUGAUGUUGGAGAAGGCAGUGGAGCUUACAUUAUCAGGAUUCCUUUUGAUGGAGCUUUAGCACAUAUUCUUAACAUGUCUAAAGUUUUGGGUGAACAAAUUGGUGGGGGCCAGCCCAUAUGGCCAUAUGUGAUUCAUGGCCAUUGUGCCGAUGCUGGGGACACUGCUUCUCUGCUCUCUGGAGCUUUGAAUGUCCCCAUGGUUCUAACUGGAUACUCACUCGGGAGAAACAAGCUUGAGCAACUCCUUAAGCAGUGACAGCAAUCAAAGGAGGACAUCAACUCAACAUACAAAAUUAUGAGAAGGAUUGAAGGAAAGGAAAUUUCCUUGGAUGCUGCAGAACUUGUUAUCACAAGUACUAAGCAGGAGAUUGAAGAACAAUGGGGACUUUAUGAUGGAUUUGAUGUCAAGCUUGAAAAAGUUUUACGUGCAUGUGCUAAACGUGGAGUGGACUGUCAUGAUCGAUUCAUGCCAAGGAUGGUGUGCCAUGGAAACAGCAUGGGUUGAGUUCAAUCCUCCAAAAUUUCUUUGAUAUAUGAACCGAAGUUGAUGCAUAAAUGUGCCAAUAAGAUUCUGCAUCGCAUAAGCUAUGAAUUAUCAACAACAUUAAAUGCCAGAGAACUCAUUGAGAGUGGAGUUAUCCCAGCAUUCUUCCAAGCUGUCAAGCAUGGCAUAAUGGAGUUUCUGGAUGAAAUAAGUGUAACUAGUCCAUAUAUAUUUUCGUGCACUGAUGAAAAUUCAAGGGACAUAUUCAUGCAUGCAAUUGAAUAUCGUCAAGAGAAACUUUUCCUUAAUCAAGAUAUCUCCAAUCAAAACGUACCUCUGAUUGCUUUCAGAGAUAGGGACAACUACAAUGUGCUACACAUGGCAGCGAAGUUAGCUCCUGACACUUGGCUUGCUCGUAUCUCUGGUCCAGCUACGUGAUUGCAAAGAGCAUUAUAAUGGUUCAAGGAGCGAGAGUUUCUUGUUCCAGAGUGUAAAGAAUUUGUAAAUCAAAAUGGAGAAACUCCUCAGCAAGUGUUUAGUAGGGAUCACAAGCAACUGGUAAAAGAAGGGGAUGAAUGGAUGAAGCAAACAGCUCAAUCUUAUACUGUAGUUGGUGCCCUUAUUGUCACCAUAAUGUUUGCUGCAGCCUUGACUGUACCCGGCAGUAACAAUCAAGAUACUGGCUUCCCCAUAUUCUUACAGAAAAGAUUAUUUAUGAUGUUUGUUUUGUCAGAGGCAAUUUCUUUGUACAGUGCAUGUAUUUCAGUGUUGAUAUUCUUAGGAAUCCUGACAUCUUGCUAUGCUGAAGAAGAUUUUCUUAUGUCAUUGCCGACCAAGUUGAUUAUCGGCAUUUGCACACUCCUCGUUUCUAUUGCAACAAUGAUGGUAGCUUUUUGUGCUACUGUUUUAGUCAUGUUACAGGGACAAUGGUGGGUAGUCAUCUCACUAGUUCUGUUUGCCAACAUUCCGCUGUAAUUAUUGAAAUGUGUGAUGACAUUUACAUUUGAUGGGUAGGAUUUCAAACUUUUUAUUUCCAAUUUUAUUAAAGGUUUUACUGUUGAGUUAAAGUGUUGCUUUGGUUGAUUUUUUUUUUAACAGGUGAUUCAUUCCUAAUAAUUAAUUAAAUAUUGUGGGUGUAUAAAGAUGAAAUUUUCGU